AUGACAGCAAUCAAAGACUUCACCCCUUUCUCCAUCGUCCUUGUGACAGGAGCCAACGGCCAUGUAGCGCAGCAUGUAGUGUCACAGCUGCUCUCCCGGCCUGAAGCUACUCGCCCACGUGUUCGUGCCACGUGCCGCCGCCAGGAGUCGGCUGAUGCCCUGGCCACCACUUUCUCCUCCCACGUGAAAGCCGGUACCCUUGAGAUCAUCCUCAUCUCCGACAUCACAAAGGAAGGCGCAUUCACAGAUGCGCUAUCAGAUGUUACCCACAUCGCACACGUCGCCUCUCCUUUGGUCGUCGCACCCAAAGACACCGAAAACGACCUCCUUAUCCCCGCCAUUCGCGGCACCACCGCCCUGCUCAAAGCGGCCGCAAACUGUCCAAAUCUCGAAGCAGUAGUCGUCACAUCCUCCUUCGCUGCCUUGUUCGACCUCAAGCAAGGCAGCAGGAAAGGCUAUACCUACACAGGCGCCGACUGGAACCCCACGACCUACGCCGAAGCCGCGGAUCCGAAUCUGGAUCUGACUCACUGGCCGGAGAAGUACAGGCCGUUCGUGACGUACUGCGCCAGCAAGUCGCUCGCUGAGAAGGCGGCGUGGGACUUUUACAGGGCAGCGAAGCCACGGUGGCGCCUGAGUACGGUCUUGCCGGCGUCGAUUGGGGGGCCGUAUCUGCUACCCCUGCCCAAAGGUCUGAAGGGUAUCAGCUACAACGCCGGGGUAAUCUGGAACAUUGCGAGGUCGAAGCCGGAGGAGAAGCUGCAGGAUUUGGAGUUUGUGCAUUGGGUGGAUGUUAGGGAUGUGGCGGAGGCGCAUGUGAAGGUGUUGAUAACACCGGAGGCUGAGGGGAAGAGGCUGCUUGCUGGGCCAUGGCGGGUGCCGUACUCGGAUGUUGCGGGGGUGAUAAGGGAGAAGUUUGGGUGGAAGACGAGUGAAGAUGUGCAGACAUUGAAUCAUUGGGAUGCUGAUAUGGUUGAGACAGAGAGGACUUUGAACAUCAAUUGGAUUGGUCUCGAGAAGAUGGUGGUGGAUACUGUGGAGCAGUUGCGGGCUGUGGAGGGCGUAUGA